UAGAGCUCUGCGAUUGAGGUGAAGGCGGACGCAGUUUUGAAGAGAGGCUGGGGCGCUCGAGUGGCAGGUUGAUUGGCGCCCGGCACAGUUGAUAGGACCUUGUCGCUCUGCAUGGGCGCUGGUUUAAGCUGCCAUUCUUUGGCGAAGGUGCCUCUAGCACGUGUCUAGCACACGGUUGAUUGCUUCGCUUGGAACAAGCACGGCAGUUCCUCGAGAGCGCUGGUCCAGUUGCUCCGCAUGCAAGUUAAGCGUGUGAUGUGACCCCUUGUGCUGCUGCUUAUAGACGACGUGUGUGUAGCGGGAAAGAUCUAGCCGGCGUUCAUAGGUUGGAGCUUAGGUGCAACACAGACACUGUUUCAUAGAGAGAGAUCUGCACUUACCGAGGGGCGGGCUGAUUGUUUGCGCAAAUAUUAGAGAUUUUUGGUCGUUACCAGCAGUGGUCAGCAGCGGAAACAAGGGUCAUUCAGCUCAGCCAGCUAUGUCUGGGGUGGAUCACGGGCGGGAGCCUUGCCCCGACCGGAUCUUGGAUGACAUCGGCGGUGCGUUUUCCAUGGGUGCCAUCGGGGGCUCAGCAUGGCAUUUUAUCAAGGGAAUGAAGAACUCGCCCAAGGGGGAGCGCUUCCUUGGCGGGACUCAGGCGGUGCGGCUGAACGCGCCCCGGAUAGGCGGGAGCUUUGCGGUGUGGGGGGGGCUAUUCUCUACUUUCGAUUGCUCGAUGAUCUACCUCAGGGGUAAAGAGGAUCCAUGGAACAGCAUUGCAGCCGGAGCAGCAACUGGUGGGUUCCUGACACUGAGACAGGGGAUGAGGGCCAGUGCCAAAAGCGCAGCUUUCGGGGGCGUCCUUCUGGCCCUGAUCGAGGGGGCAGGGAUCAUGUUGAACCGCAUGACGGCGAACAUGGCGCAGCCUCCGCCUGAGCCUCAGCUAGCUGGCGUGGGGGGCCCAGCCAUUCCCGGGGGCUAUAGAGCACCCGCCACUACUUACCAGCCCGCCGCAGCAACCCCGUCCUACUACCAGACCACCCCCAGCCCUGCCCAGCCCUAUCAAGGUCAAACUCAGACACCCCCCUCAGCCGCCGGUCCGGAGCAGAGCACGGGGUCUUGGUUCGGGGGCUUGUUUGGAGGUAGUGCAAAGAAGGAGACGGAGGAGAAGAGCCCGUUCAGCUUUGACACGGCGCCGCCACCCAUGCCGCCAGAGUUUGCGGGAGAUGAUAGCAGAUUUAAGUAAGUGAUCUGAGGCAUGGAUAUUGAGAUGCCAAGUAGACGGGGCAGUGCCGAGGGCCUUGCAACGUACGAGAUACUCUUGAAGCAUGAGUGCACGAGGUAAUGUAGUCGCUUGCUUGGGGCUCUGGCUGACGAUGAAUAUCCACUUUUGGCAUGUGCUGUUGCUAAACCGAGGGCAUCUUUAGCAUCGACCUUUCCGAACGCGGAAAGUGGUGGAUUAUGAAGUACUGGUCUGGUUGUUGAGUCGUGCUUGGUCUGUCUGUGCUAUCAUCACUUGGCAAGCAAAACAUUGACGGCUUUUUCAGGCAAGCAGAACAUUGACGGCUUUUAAAUGCACAUCCGACUACUAUCACCA